AUGUGUACGAAUAUUAGGAACAGAGUUUGGAUUAUUCUGGCAAUUCUGUGCUUUUCAUUGCUGAUUUGCUCAACUAAAGCAGUGGUCUCCUAUGAUCGCAAAGCUUUAAUCAUCAAUGGACAGAGAAGGAUCCUUAUCUCUGGUUCUAUUCACUACCCAAGAAGCACCCCUGAGAUGUGGCCUGAUCUUAUAAACAAGGCCAAAGAAGGAGGUUUGGAUGUUAUACAAACUUAUAUUUUCUGGAAUGGACAUGAGCCUUCUCCUGGAAAAUAUUAUUUUGGGGAUAGGUAUGAUCUGGUUAAAUUCAUCAAGCUGGUGCAUGAAGCUGGUCUAUAUGUUAGUCUAAGAAUUGGUCCAUAUGUUUGUGCCGAGUGGAAUUUUGGGGGAAUUCCUGUUUGGCUCAAAUAUGUCCCUGGCAUGGUUUUCAGGACAGAAAAUGAACCUUUCAAGAUUGCAAUGCAAAAAUUCACAAAGAAGAUUGUGGAUAUGAUGAAAGAAGAAAAGUUGUUUGAGACCCAAGGAGGACCCAUCAUUCUCUCACAGAUAGAGAAUGAGUAUGGACCAAUGCAAUGGGAGAUAGGAUCAGCAGGAAAAGCAUACUCAAAAUGGACAGCUGCAAUGGCAUUGGGACUGUCCACAGGUGUCCCAUGGAUUAUGUGCAAGCAAGAAGAUGCUCCUUACCCCAUUAUAAACACAUGCAAUGGGUUUUAUUGUGAGGGUUUCAAUCCAAACUCAGUCAAUCAGCCCAAGAUGUGGAGUGAGAACUGGACUGGUUGGUUCAUGGAAUUUGGAGGUGCGAUACCAAACAGACCAGUCGAAGACCUUGCGGUCUCCGUGGCUCGUUUCAUACAAAACGGUGGUUCUUUUAUGAAUUAUUAUAUGUACCAUGGAGGGACGAACUUUGAUAGAACAGCUGGCGUAUUUGUCGCCACGAGCUACGACUACGAUGCUCCUCUUGAUGAAUAUGGAUUACUGAGAGAACCUAAGUAUAGUCAUUUGAAGGAGUUGCAUAAGGUCAUCAAGCUAUGUGAACCUGUGUUGGUCUCUGUUGAUUCCACCAUGACAUCCCUCGGCGAUAAACAAGAAGCUCAUGUGUUCAAGUCCAAGACUUCUUGCGCUGCGUUUCUUUCGAAUUACGACACCAAUAAUGCAGCAAAAGUUAUGUUUGGAGGAUUUCCAUAUGAUUUGCCUCCUUGGUCUGUCAGUAUUUUACCUGACUGCAAAACCGAGUAUUUCAACACUGCAAAGAUCCGUUCACCGAGCAUACUUAUGAAAAUGGUUCCUACUAGCACGCGAUUUCUAUGGGAAUCGUACAAAGAAGAAAUCCCUUCUUUGAGUGAUGCUGGUACAUUUGCUCAAGAUGGUCUUUUGGAACAAAUAAGCAUGACCAGAGAUACUACAGACUAUUUUUGGUAUCUAACAGAAAUUACAAUUAGCUCUGAUGAGAGAUUCCUGAAGACCGGUGUUGAUCCAUUUCUUACCAUAUGUUCAGCUGGGCAUGCUCUUCAUGUAUUCGUCAAUGGCCAACUUGCAGGAACUGCCUAUGGAUCACUGAGCAGUCCCAAGUUCACAUUUAGUCAAAAGAUCAAUUUGCGCGUAGGAACCAACAAAAUUGCUUUGUUGAGUACUGCAGUGGGUCUUCCGAAUGCUGGGGUGCAUUAUGAGACUUGGAACACUGGGAUUUUAGGCCCAGCCACACUGAGUGGAGUAAACUCUGGAACAUGGGACAUGUCUAAAUGGAAAUGGUCCUACAAGAUUGGUACUAGAGGUGAAGAUAUGAGCCUUCAUAACGUAACCGGAAGUUCCUUUGAGGAAUGGAAAGAAGAAUCAUUCGUGGUCAAGGACCAACCAUUUUUUUUUAUUAUCAAGAAGUUUUGGGCCGAAACUCGUAAUCUUUCCCAAUCCGAAAUCACAACAUAUAAGAGCCAACCUUUGACGUGGUACAAGUCUUCUUUUGCUACACCGGAAGGUAAUGAACCGUUGGCUUUGGACAUGAACACUAUGGGGAAAGGUCAAGUUUGGGUAAAUGGACAUAGCAUUGGACGCCACUGGCCCGCAUACAAGGCUCGUGGGAGUUGCGGACGCUGCAACUAUCCCGGAAUUUACAUCGAGAAGAAAUGUCUGAGCAACUGUGGCCAAGCUACUCAAAGAUGGUACCAUGUACCUCGUUCAUGGCUAAAGCCAUUUGGGAACCUUCUGGUUGUCUUUGAGGAAUGGGGUGGUGAUCCAAGUGGGAUCACUCUUGUUAAAAGAACACCACAAUGA